GCCGGAGAGCCCCGCCCCCGCCCCGCCCCCUGUCCCGCAGCUCUGGCUCGGGGCUCGGGCGCUGAGCUCGCUGGGGGCCGCGGCAGCACUUUGGCUGCGCCCAGCCGGGAGGGCGAGGUGGGCCGGGAGAGCCAGGGAAGGGCAGGGCGCGGGGGAGCCAGGCCCAGCCGAGCCGAGCCCAGUAGUCCCCCUAUGCGCCCCGAAAGUCGACCCGGGGGGGAGCACCUGGCCGGGGCCCCGGACAGCCUGCGAGGAGGAGCCCCGGCGUGACCCUGUGUGCGUGCCUCCCCCCCACGCGCGGACCAUGCAUUGCGAGGUGGCCGAGCCGCAGAAGCCGGGCGCUCCUUUCUACGAGGUGCUCGUGGCCAAGCGGCCCGGGGCCGGAGGGCCGGGCGGCGGGCCCGGCGGCGGCAGCAGUCCCGCGGGGGCGCCCAAGGAGCUGGCCCCCGCCCCCAGCCACGGGCGAGCCGCCGCCUUCCUCAACACUCCGAUGGCCUUCAAGAUCACGCUGAGCGCCGGCGGGGCGGGGGGCGACGGGCCCGAGCAGCCGCCGCCGCCGCCGGCCCGGGGCCCGCGCGACGUGGGGCUGCCGCUGCUGGAGCCGCUGCUCCCCAAGGGCCCCGGGCUGCAGCCCCCGGCCCGGCCCAAGAGCCCCAAGGACUUCUUCCCGCAGAAGCAGCCGGCGCCCGGGACCAGAGCGAACGGCGGCUACGGCCACUUCCACCUGGGCCCGGAGAAGAAGAGCCUGCUGGGCAUAGAGGUGGCGGACGGCGCGGUCCCCGUGUGCCGCCAGAGCCUGUUCAUCCACGCCGCCAGCCCCGGCUUCCGGGACCACCCGAUGCCCUGUGACCGACGCCUCCACGCCGGGCAGGGCAGCCUGGCCCACGCAGACAGCAGGUGUCCCCGGUUCCCAGAGCCGUCGUUUCUUAACGGAGGCCACCCGCCCCAGCAGAUCAAGCAGGAGUACGUGAGCGACUACAAGGCUGGCUCGGACUUCUCUGCCGUGAGGAGGUUUGCAGAGACCUGCCCCCCCGGGCUGCACGCCGAUCUUGACCUCAUGAGCGGCGGCCCCUUCACGGCCCCCUCCCCAUCCUACCUGAUGAGCGGUGAGCACCCCGCCGUCGGCCCGGCCUCCUUGGGAAGCGGGGGGCCUCCUGCGCCCCCGCCUACUCCGUCCCGUUUCCCGGCGGGUGCCAUGAAGAGGUGCUGCUUCUCCAUCCUGCCUCCGGCUUCCACUUCCUCAGCCUCCUCGUCCUCGUCCUUGUCCAUGGAGGGCCUCGACAUCACCACCAUCAUCCGUACCCCUCAGGCCUCCUUGGUCACCUGUGUCAGCGGCCUCCGGCCCGGCCCCAUGGGCGUGCCCCCCAACCCCCCGCCGCAGCACGGCGUGCCGAAGCCCCCCCGGCCCCUGGCCGGCCACCCCUGCGGCCUGCCCUCCCCGCCGGCCUGCCUGGUCCCGCUGCCCGCCGAGCGGGAGUGUGUGGACCGUGAGCUGCUGCCGGUGCAGCCCCUGCGGCACCUGGAGGGCGAGAGUGCCGGCCUCCGGCUCUCCAUGAGCGGGGCCGUCCCCCAGCAGGAGGCCUCCCCCGCGGGCCCCGGCCACAAGGUGGGCUUCCUGAAGCAGGAGCCGGCCGACGACUAUCCCUCCAACGCCGAGCUGUACCCGCCUGCGCCGCCGCCCCCUCAGCACCAGGGCCUGCCCCCUCCCUACCACCUGCACCAGCAGCUGGGCCAGGGCUUGGGGCCCCACCUCGGUCUCCCCGGCUCCCCCAAGGCCCUGCCGCCCAGCGACGGAGAGGAGCCGGAGCCGGGCGCCGGGCGGCAGGUGUGUCGCUGGAUCGACUGCGACGCAGCCUACGGCCAGCAAGAGGAGCUGGUCCGCCACAUCGAGAAGACCCACAUCGACCAGCGCAAGGGCGAGGACUUCACCUGCUUCUGGGCAGGCUGCGUGAGGCGCUACAAGCCCUUCAACGCCCGCUACAAGCUGUUGAUCCACAUGCGGGUGCACUCCGGGGAGAAGCCCAACAAGUGCAUGUUUGAAGGGUGCAACAAGGCCUUCUCUCGCCUGGAGAACCUGAAGAUCCACCUGCGGAGCCACACGGGGGAGAAGCCCUACCUGUGUCAGCAUCCCGGCUGCCAGAAGGCCUUCAGCAACUCCAGCGACCGGGCCAAGCACCAGCGCACUCACCUGGACACGAAACCGUACGCCUGCCAGAUCCCCGGCUGCUCCAAGCGCUACACGGACCCGAGCUCCCUCCGCAAGCACGUGAAGGCCCACUCGGCCAAGGAGCAGCAGGUCCGCAAGAAGCUGCACGCGGGCCCCGAGGGUGAGCCGGACGUCCUGAGCGAGUGCCUGAGCGUCCCCCAGCACGGCCUGGAGGGGAAAUGUGGAAGGCCCGCGGGCCACGAGCUGCCCCCAGGCUUGUUCCCCGGCUCCGGUGCCCCUCAGAACGGACUGGCUCCUGGAAUGCUGCCCCCCACUCAGGACGGCCCCUCCAGGCACCACCCACUGGACUCCCCGGCCAUGGCCAGCGCCCACCACCACCUGUCACCUCUGCCGGCGGCCGAGAGCGCCCGGGACGGGUUCACUCCCAGCAUCCUCACUCCUCUGAAAGCGCUCAUCCCGCCCGCCCUCCUGCAGAAACACCCGCUGCCGCCUGCACAGACCCACCCCCCCGGAGGACCCCCCUUCCCGACCCUUCCCGGCAAACCUUACCCGCCGUUCCAGAGCCCGGCAGCCCCGCCGCUGGCCCCCCAAGGCUACCAGGGCAGCUUCCAUUCCAUCCAGAACUGCUUUCACUACGGGGACUGCUACAGGGCAGCGGAGCCGGCCAGCGGCGGCGGGGAUGGUCUGGCGGGAGAGCCCCACGGCUAUAAUCCUCUGAGGGCCAACGGCUACCACCCCCUGAGCACCCCCUUACCUGCCCAAGGCUAUGAUACCCUGUCUGACGCCCCGUGUGGACCCCCGGAAGCAGGCGCCACCAGCCCAGAGGAGAAUGGCUUCUUCCCCAAUGGCUCCUUUGACCCCUGUUUGAAUUCCCUCCCUUCCAUCUACACCGACACCUAAGGCCAGCCCGGCCCCCCGAGGCUCCCCAUCUCACUCCCCUUGUAUCCAAGCUUCUCCCCAGCCUGGUUUUCAGGCCCGCAUAUUAGCAAGGGCCGGAAGCUUCUAUGAGCUCCGCUACACCCCCGCCCAGCACAGCUCGGCCCCCCCGGGACGCGGCCCCCCGGCCCAAGCGGCUGCCACGGGCCCAGAAGGGAAGCUCCCCUGGGUACCGGGCACAGCCAGGCCCUCCUAGACGUUAUCGGGACUUUUUUUUAAUUUUAAGAUCACAGACCUCAUGUAUAUAAAUUGUACAGAAGUGACGUCCAUUUCCUCAGCUGGUUUUCUAUGUUCAGUUUUACAAGAAAGCAUUAAAAACUGGAACCAUGCGCAGCGCAA